AUGGACAAAAACGGUGGUCUCUCUCGCAGGCAUUCCAGCAGAGCAUCCGACAACCCGACGCGCUUCCUGGAAGAAACCCUAUGGAUGCUGGGAGGCUGGAUGUGGGGAGCGACGGGAGGUGGAGGGAGGGACACAGAGGUGGGGCAGCAUUUGUUCUCCAAGUUGCUACAUCUAAAGGGGUCAACCAUCUAUCUCGGCGAGUGGGUGUUGCUGCGGUGUGCCGUGGAGUCAAACUCCAGUAAUGUGUUGAGGUAUAGCUGGUUAAGGCCUAAAACACAGGCUGCUCAGACCCCGAACCCCAGGCACCUGGUCUCUGGUGACAGCUACUCCAUCACUGUGGUAACGAGGGAGGAUGCGGACAGCUACCAGUGCCAAGUGGAGAGUCGGAGCAGCAACACCACAACAAAGGUCCUCAGCGAACCGGUCACGCUCAGUGUGUCAGAGCUACCCCCUCCCUCACUAACUUUGACCCCCAACACCCGACAGAUGUUCAGAGGGGAGCAUUUCACCGUGCGGUGCCCCCAGACUAACUCCUCAGGCUGGAUACUCAAGUACUUACCUCAGGGCCGUAGAGCGAAGACCAAAGACUUCCCCCCUGACAUGUGUUCGCCACGCUGGGGGCCUGAUGGGUGUAUCUUCACUGCUUCCAAUAGAAGCACUGGACUGUACUGGUGUGUGGGUGCUGAGGGCCGCAGCAACGCAGUCAACAUCAUAGUAAGCUAUGGAGCCAUCAUCUUGAAGACUCCUGCCUUCCCUGUGCCAGAGGGUGGUAAUGUGGUCUUAUCCUGUCAGUACUUGAAAGAAAACAAAAGUAACACAACGUUUUUCAAAAACGGUGAAGAAAUUGGCACUUUAAGUUCAAAAGGAGUAACAGAGAUGACUAUUGAGAAUGUGACAAAAGCAGACGAGGGUUUCUAUAAAUGUGUCGCCAAGGACAGAAAGAUGGAGAGCCCUGAGAGCUGGUUAUCAGUCGCACCUGAACAAGGUAACUCGACAUCAACAUAUGGGACAGCACCAUCCAUUCAAGGGGAGAAAAAGGGCAACGCUCUGGCAGAGCGCAGGCUACUCCUGAUUGGUGGGAGAUGGGCUGGCAAAAGCUCCACUGGCAAUACUAUACUCACAAAGGAAAGGUUUGAGUGUGGACGAACACGAACAGCUCAGUGUGAAGUGAGACAUAUGGUAGUCGAGGGCAGGAAGCUUAUAGUGGUCGAUGCUCCGGGAUGGAAUAGCUCCCUCUCCCUCACAGAGAUCCCAGAGGGGGAAAAACAAAGAUUUAAACUCAAUCCCUCAAAGUGUCCACCUGGACCAAAUGCUUUCCUCCUUAUUAUUCCCAUUGACUCUGCUUUCUCUGUGGAGGAGAGGAAGAUAGUGGAGGAGCACAUGAAGCUGCUGGGGGAGCGUGUUUGGAGAUACACCAUGGUGCUGUUCACCUGUGGGGAUUUCCUCGGGGAGAAGAUGAUAGAGCAGCACAUCGAGAGCGAGGGAGACGCACUCAAGUGGUUGAUCAAAAGGUGCAACAACCGAUACCACGUGAUCAACAACAAGAAGACUAACGCACCUCAGGUCACACAGUUACUGGAGAAGAUAGAUGAGAUGGUGUGGCACAACAACGGCGGUUACUACGAGUUAGAUGAACAGACUUUGAAUAUCAUUCAAAAGAAGCAGCGAGAGGUGGCUGAAAGGGCAGAAGAGAGAUGGAAGAAGGCCAUGGAACAAAGACAGCAAAUGAAAGCACUCAUUCCAGAAAUGAAACCCAUCCAAAAACUCCAGGUGAUUCUCUUGGGAAGUCGAAGUGUUGGGAAAACCUCCGUGGGGAACACCAUCUUAGGAAUCAAAGAACAAGAGGAUGGAAAAAGAACGGCACACUCGGUGGCCCGGCGGGGUUUUGUGGGUAAAACUGAAAUAAGUCUUGUUGACACACCAGGUUGGUGGAAAGGCUUCCCAAUGUCUGACACUCCAGAAAUGAUCAAAGAGGAAGUGAUGCGCAGCAUGUUCCUGUGCCCCCCUGGGCCCCAUGUUUUCCUGCUGGUGAUAGAUGCAGAUGCAUCCUUCAACGGAAAACAUUUAGAUGCAGUGACAACACACGUGGAUCUUCUCGGAGAAGGAGUGUGGAGACACACCAUUAUAGUUUUCACCAGAGGAGACUGGCUGGGAGCACACUCCAUAGAGGAGUACAUCGAGGGCGAAGGAAAGGCCUUGCAGUCUCUGGUGGAACAAUGUGGUAACAGAUAUCAUGUCAUUGAUAACAAAAAUACAGAUGAUGGCACUCAGAUCACAGAGCUGCUGGAGAAAAUCACCGGGACCACAGCUGAAAAUGAUUGGCAGCAUUUUGUUCCAGAUGAGCAGAUCAUUUUGACCAUUGAGGAGAAAUGCACACGAGUGGAAAAAGGAGCAAGACUGAGGGAAAGUCAAGUCAAGGCCAAAAGAAAAAGCCUUAGAGGUUCCAGAAAUAAGUUACAAGAGCUGAAAAUUGUGAUACUUGGUCAAAAGGCAGUUGGAAAGAGUGCCACAGGAAAUAACCUCCUGUGCAAAGAAGUGUUCCCUACCUGUGAGAACGAGCAAUGUCAGGUGGAUGAGGCAGAUGUUGCUGGCAGAAAAGUCACAGUGAUCGACACCCUGGGCUGGUGGAAGAAGCUCUCUCGCUGCACUGAAAAGACAGACAAAGAAAUUGUCAGAGGUUUCACGUUGAGUCCAUCAGGGGUUCAUGCUGUUCUGCUGGUUGUUCCCUUGGACCUGACUUUCAGAGAAGUUCAGCAGGCUGCCCUGGAGGAACACAUGGACCUCUUUGAUGCCAGUGUCUGGAAACACACCAUGGUUGUGUUCACAUACGGAGACAAACUGGCAGAUAGAUCCAUAGAAGAGCACAUUGAGAGGGAGCACAGUGCUCUCCGGUGGUUGGUAGACAAAUGUGAAAACAGAUACCAUGUCAUGAAUAACAUGAAGAAAAAGGAUGUGAGUCAGGUUACCGAGCUGUUUGAGAAGAUCGAGGAAAUGGUGUCAGGGAACAGCGGCCAGCUCUUCUGCCCUGACAUGAAGGACAUCCACUUGAGAAUUGAGGAGAAGUCCAAGAGGCGGGAUCUCAAGAAUGUACUGAAGCAACGACUGGAGCAGGAGUACAGGAGAAGAGAGCUGGAGCUGAUGAUGGGUUUCAGGGAAAAACUCCAUGAGCUGCAAGCUGAUGUCCGUGGAACACAAGCAACAAGUGCUUCAAAGUCACUGAUUGGUGCCAAAAUCAAAGCUAAGGCAGUUGGUCAAAGGAAGGAGGAAAUCAUUGAUGCAAAAUUGACUCAGGAAAUUGAAAAGCUGGAUAAGGACAUUAUGAAAUCCACAGACCUUCUUCGAAACAGCAAGGGAUUCUUGAUCCCCAAGUCUUCAUCAUACAAGAAAAAAUCAACUAGUAACUUUGAUAAAGUUCUGAACUGGCUGUCCACGCUUAAGAUUGGCACAAAUGUAGACAACCAGCUGACCCUCAACUUCUCCCAGUCGUCAGGAUACAGAUCUGUGAUACCACAUGAAGAGCUUUACACUGAUAUUGCUGAAUAA